AAGAGGUAAUAGAACACAGUAUCGUUGUGUUAGGCGCGCGCACUACAGUGCGCGGGCCGCCUUGAUAAAGUGAUAGUGAAAGAUCGUGCAUUUCUACAAAAUGGCGUAUUUUUGAUAGAGGUGGUGAAGUGUCCUUUUGUAAGGGAGAACUAAAAGCAAGAGUUAGUGCGGGCCCGCCCCAGUGACGGGCCCGCCACGGCUGUUUUCCGACAACGUAAGAUACAUAAAUUACGUUGAAAAAUGGAGCAGUUCGAGUCACUGCUGACAUGCUGCGUGUGCUUGGACCGGUAUCGGAACCCGAAGCUUCUGCCAUGUCAGCACAGCUUCUGUAUGGAGCCGUGCAUGGACGGGCUUGUCGACUAUGUAAGGCGACAGGUUAAAUGUCCAGAAUGUCGAGCAGAACACCGUAUCCCAUACCAGGGAGUCCAAGGCUUCCCCACAAAUGUCACCCUACAGCGGUUCUUAGAACUGCACGCUCAAAUAGCUGGAGAACUACCAGAUCCUACAGCUGGGCAGGUCAUGGAAAGGUGCAAUGUUUGCUCAGAAAAAGCAUAUUGUGCGCCCUGUGCUCAUUGUGAAAAGAAAGUCUGCGACGACUGCAAAUCCGCUCACAUGGAAGUUCUCCGUAGGGAAAUCACUAGGAUUAAUAACCAAAUUCGACGCGGUGUAAAUAGGCUACAAGAUAUACUUGGUAUAGUUGAACGUAAUACGUCGAAUUUACAAACGAAUUGUGCUGCAGUAGCCGGUGAAGUAGAUGAAAUACACAAGAGGCUGGCUAAAGCGCUCAAAGACCGAACUGAUUUUCUACGAAAUGAAAUCGACCGCUACUUAGCCACAGAACUUAGAAACUUAACUCAUCUCAAAGAUAAUUUAGAAUUAGAAUUAAGUAACAUACAAAGUAAUUGUGAUCUCGCCGAUAAAUAUAUGAAUGAUGAUGUCGAGUGGGAAGAUACUGAACUAGUCGAUACAAAAGAAAUCUUCUUGAAGACUGUUGAAUUUUUAAGAAACUUUGAUUAUGAAGGCGGAGAUUACAGCCGUAGGAUUAGGUUUAUUAUGACGCAUGAUCCAAACCAACUUGUCAUGCACGUGGCCAGCUAUGGUGAGUUGAAUAUGAAUCAGCCCGGUCAUGCAAGCAGUUACUCAAGCUUACAGCCGUCAAGUCAAGGCUUGACAAGAUCUAAGAGCGACCAUCGCCUUGCAACUCAAUUCCGUCAACAAGAAGAAACAAAGAAUUAUUAUGAAAAUGAUGAACCAAUUCUUGGCGGAAGAAAGUUCGGAGAGCGUCGACCACCUCCACCUGAAAAGCAUACAAGAGACUACGGCGCUGCUGAUGACUACAGUGGUUAUGAAUCUGAACAUCGGCCAUCACGCCGAUUUAGGUCUCGCUUUGUUAGAAGUCAUCAACAAGAUAAUGACUCUGACACAGAACAAACAACACGAAGUGUAAAGGCUGAACAGAAAGAAAAGGAGAAAGAAAAAGUAACUGAUACAGAAGACGCUACCCGUGGACCACUCAGUGGAAUAUUUAGAUUGAGUGAUUGUCCGCGAGUAAUGCAGCGGAUAUUAGACGUAGAGAGUGGUAAGAAAAAGGAAAAGAAAGAACCACCACCACCACCGAAGCCUGUCCAACCAACACCUCAGCCUCAACGUCGACCACCGCCAGUGAGACAGCAGAGUGAAGAUGAUGAAAUAUCUCGCCUUAAAAGACAAAACAAAGGCGCUGCAACUUCUCAGGAACCAGAGAGGUCUACUCCACGAGCUGCAGAGGAAGAAAGGAACUCUAUUACUCGUAAGCCGCCAACACCAGCCCGGGAGGCAUCCAGCGACGGUGAAUCAGAUGAAUCUCUUGGUACACUACAACGAAAUCAACGAAAGACUACCGCGCCAGUAACCAAACCUGCAGCAGUUACACGUAGGCCUUCAGCAUCUGAGGCUCCGACUGCUCAUCGUGCACCAGCACGAGCCGCUAGUACUGAAUCUAGUGCAUCCACAGAAAGCUCCGGCUCGGCGGUUAAACACACAGGUGCGAUAUUAACAAUCGCAGAGUUAAAAGCAAAAUAUAGCACAGAUGGACUGCCACCCAAACCAAGCAAUCGUUUUUUGUCCGCAGGCAGUGAAAGAACAACACCAGCAACCACUAAUGGAACGGUCAGCGGCGCUCAGCGAGUCCAAAGCAGAUUUGUAGGAUCUCAGCGACCGACACCUGCUCCAGCACCCGCCGAGCCGGCUCAAGAAGACUCUGACACAAGCUCCGAGGAGGAGACAGAUUCGUCAGAGGAGAGUGAAGAGGAGCCUGCCCCGCAAAGGAAGCCCGAGAGUCAAGCGAUGGCACGAAGUGAUAUAGGUCCACUACUUGCACGCAGUACGAAUGCCCGUAACGAUGCGCAAGACAAUAAAACUAAAGACGCCGCAGCACCUGCACAGCCACGUUAUCGUACGCGACCUCAGCCAGCUGAAGAGGAAACGCCACGCUAUGGAAGUAGUUCUUCCUCGUACAGUAAUCGAUACGGUAGUAAACCAAAAGAGGAGGAGACGACGUCUUCGUUCGAUGAUGAUUCAAAAUAUCCCACGGCUCGAUCGAGGUAUUUAGCACUGAAAGAAAGACGCAAUCGUUUGGCACGGAGUAAAAGUAGUCACAGUGGCUUCGGUGUAGGUGAUGACGAUGAUCAGGAUGAACCAGUGUCACCGACAACUGCGUCUCCCUCCGCAUACCUAGCGGCUCGAUACGGCUCCGGCACUACUGGUUCAGAGUUGUCUCGAAGCCGGUCAUCGCACGCGCUGAAAUCUAGAGAAAGCUCCCCUGAACGACCGGUCGCCGGCGAGAAGGACGGAGCGGCCUUGAGUUCGUGGGCGCGAUACUUGAAAAGUAAAUACGGGUCUCGAGGAAAAGACCGUGACACAGGAACAUCAUCGAGCGCAUCGCGUCGCCUGUCUCUCGGGCUACCUUUACGCUCAGCAAAUGAGCUUGCCAGUUCUGAUGACGAUUCAAAAAACGCGGCAGGCUCCCCCAUCUCCCCUACGGCGGCUACAGCAGCGGUAGCAGGUUUCGCAGCAGCAGGUUCCUCCCCUAGGAGCCAGUAUCUGCAGAAACGCCGUUUACAAUUCAGCGUGGGGAGUCGGGGGAGCGAACCCGGUUACUUUACUUGGCCUCGUGGUAUCGCUGUAGGGCCCGACAACACUAUGGUCGUGGCUGAUUCAUCUAACCAUCGAGUGCAGGUGUUCGAUUCCAACGGUAUAUUCGUGAAGGAGUUCGGACAGUACGGCAGCGCGGAAGGCGAGUUCGAUUGCCUCGCUGGCGUCGCAGUCAACAGAAUAGGACAGUACAUUAUUGCUGAUCGGUACAACCAUCGCAUACAGGUCUUCGAUCCAGCUGGUCGUUUCUUAAGAUCAUUCGGCAGCCAGGGUACAGGAGACGGCAAAUUUAACUACCCGUGGGGCAUAACCACGGACGCUCUCGGAUUUAUUUACGUUUGUGACAAGGAAAACCAUAGAGUACAGGUAUUCCAAUCCGACGGCACAUUUGUCGGCAAGUUCGGCUCAUUCGGCUCCAAGCUGGGCCAGCUGGAGCACCCGCACUACAUCGCCGUCUCCAGCACCAACAGGGUCCUGGUCUCCGACUCCAACAACCAUAGGAUCCAGGUGUUCGACGUGAAUGGCAGAGUGCUGUCCUCGUUCGGAGAGGAAGGCUCGGAGGAUGGGCAGUUCAAGUUCCCGAGGGGCGUUGCUGUUGAUGACCAGGGCUACAUCGUGGUCGCGGAUUCCGGGAACAAUAGGAUCCAGAUCUUCCACCCCGACGGGACCUUUCUCCGGGCCUUCGGGUCCUGGGGAUCCGGGGACGGAGAGUUUAAGGGCCUCGAGGGUAUUGCUGUCAUGUCCAAUGGCAAUAUUAUCGUAUGCGAUCGGGAGAAUCACAGAGUGCAAGUUUUUUAAAGAUUCACCGAACUCUAUAUUCAAGAAUACAGUCGGUUAUCUAACGUGUUUAUAUGCUUUUUAAAUAAAGGUCAAAGACCUUAUUUUAUUCUCAAGCCUUGUUGUGCCGUCCUUUUAAUAUUUUCAUAUGUUUUCAUUUUAUUAUGUUCUUCUAAUAUAACGCCUUCUGAGCUUUGAAAUUCUACUAUUACAAUAAAUAUUUAAAAUUCAGAGCAUAUUUGAUUAUGAUCAAUUUACGUCUUAUUUAAUAAAAUCUUGUCAAUAUCUCUUUCACUCUUACAAUAUUUGCUGUAAGAGAAAAUGACAAAACAAUAAUUCGUUACAGUUAAUAAAGUUAAGUAAAAGGGAAAACUCAAAUUUGUAUAGAAUCUGGAAGCUUUGUGAAAUUGAAUUAUUUAAAUAUACGUAAUUUGUCCAUCUGUCCUUUUCUAUUUAUUAUAUUCAUUCGUGAAAAAUACAUCUUGCAAAGAACUUACAAUUAAAAAUAUAAUAAUUAGCUUGCUCAUGUUACGGCUAAAACUGGUCGAUAUAGUAGCAUUUACCCUAUAACAUGGAAAAAUUAAUUAACACUACAGAUACGCUUUAGUUUCUCUCUGCGCAAAUAUAAAAUUUUAUUGUAAUCCAAACCCAUUGAAGUAUCUCCACUUAAUUGGCAAUUUGAUAUCGAAUCUUAAAUUAACGUCCGAUAAAAUCUUUCAGCUUAAUUAAAAGGGAUUUUGAACAGCCUUAAUCCGGAAGGGAAAUUUCAUCAAGUUAAAUAUCAUUUUGUUAAUUUCCUUUGUAUUUUGUUAUAGUCAAACCUCGAAGAUCGGGCACUCCUAGGUUGGACUGGUCAAG